GUAGUCUUUUUGAAAUAGAGAAAACACAAACUCCUAAAAUUUUGACAGUUAUGAAAGUGGAAGAAGACUAACCAAUUUUCAGCUAUAAAAUCAGAGUAUUUGCUUUUGUUUCUCAUCACAAAUACUUGGCUAAUACUUAAUUAACAAAGAGAUAUAAUGGCAUCUACUGGUAAAUGUUUAAACAAAAUGGUUAAUGGCACUGUUCUGCUUAUGAAAAAGACACCGUUGGACCUUGGUUCAUCCGAAUUAGCUGCUGCACAUCAAGGUUAUGAAAUUAUUGGGCAGAAGGUCAUCCUGCAGUUAAUUAGUUCUGUCCAUGGAGAUCAAGGGAAAAAAUUGAAAGGGAAACUUGGGAACCCUUCACAUUUAGAAGAUGAGAACAAAUCAGGCAGCGACUCAAAGUACAGUGUGACAUUUGAGUGGGAUCAUGAACGGCUUGGAGUUCCAGGAGCAUUCAUCAUCAAGAACUCGAACCCAAGUGAAUUUUUUCUCAAAUCACUAACUCUUGAAGUUGCUGAUCCAAAUCAGGGAAGUUUGCACUUUGUUUGCAAUUCUUGGGUUUAUCCUGCUGAGAAGUACGAGUCCGACCGCAUUUUCUUUGUGAAUCAGGCUUGGCUUCCGAGUGAAACUCCAGCAGCAUUGCGGUGGUACAGGGAAGACGAGUUGCUUCAUUUGAGAGGAAAUGGAACUAGAAAGCUUGAGGAAUGGGACAGGGUUUAUGACUAUGAUUGUUACAAUGAUCUUGGUGAUCCCGACAAUGAUCCUCUUCUUGCCCGACCAGUCCUUGGUGGCUCGGCUGAGUAUCCUUAUCCACGAAGAGGAAGAACCGGAAGGUCACCAUCAAAGACUGAUCCAAAGAGUGAAAGCCGGCUGCCCCAGAUUGCAAGCUUUGCAAUUUAUGUCCCAAGGGAUGAAAGAUUUUCUCCCUUAAAGAUGACAGAUGUCCUUAGUAACGCACAGAAAGCCAUUGCACAGCUCUUUGCUUCUCAGCUUGCUGCUUUAGGGAACCUUACUCUUAAUGAAUUUAACAACUUCGAGGAUAUAAUGAAAGUUUAUGAAGCAGGUGCUCCUGGAUUUCUCAAGUAUCCAACGCCACAUGUCAUUAGAGAGGAGAACUCUGCUUGGAUGUCUGAUGAAGAAUUUGGAAGAGAAAUGCUUGCUGGAUUGAACCCCGUGUGCAUAAGUGGCCUAAAAGAGUUCCCUGCAACAAGCAAGCUGGAUCCAAAAAUUUAUGGAGAUCAAACAAGCAAAAUUACUAGAGACCAAAUGCAGAAUCAGCUAGGUGGACUGACCAUUGAGAAGGCCAUAGAGGCGAACCGACUUUUCAUUCUGAAUUACCAUGACAUUGUGAUGCCUUAUGCGAGGAAACUUAACAUGUCACCUUCAAAGAUUUAUGCCUCAAGGACCGUGCUCUUUCUGCAAGAGGACGGUACUUUGAAGCCACUGGCCAUUGAACUAAGCUUGCCUCAUCCUGAUGGAGAUCAAUUUGGUGCCAUCAGCAAAGUGUUCACUCCGGCUGAGACAGGUGUCGAGUAUGCCUUAUGGCAAAUUGCAAAAGCAUUUGUUGCAAUCAAUGACUCGGGAGUACACCAGCUCCUCAGCCACUGGUUACAUACUCAUGCAUCAGUUGAGCCUUUUGUGAUAGCGACUCAUAGGCAGCUUAGUGUGCUACAUCCUAUCUAUAAGCUUUUGCAUCCCCACUUCCGUGAUACAAUGCAUAUCAAUGCCUUGGCUCGACAGGCUGUACUUAAUGCUGGAGGUAUUGUUGAGAAAACUGUUUUCCCUGGACCAUUGUCAAUGGAGUUGACUUCAAUUGCUUAUAGGGAUUGGGUUUUCCCUGAUCAAGCCCUACCUGCCGAACUUGUUAGUAGAGGAGUGGCAGUUAAGGAUCCUGCAUCCAAACAUGGUGUAAGCCUUCUGAUUGAGGAUUAUCCUUAUGCUGUGGAUGGACUUGAAAUCUGGUCAGCAAUCAAAAGUUGGGUUCAGGAGUAUACAAGUCUGUAUUACGGAUCAGAUGACGUGGUUUUGAAAGACACUGAACUCCAAGCCUGGUGGAAGGAACUUCGUGAAGUAGGACAUGGUGACAAGAAAGAUGAGCCUUGGUGGCCUAAGAUGCAAACACGUCAAGAACUGAUUGACUCGUUGACUAUCAUUAUCUGGAUGGCAUCUGCUCUUCAUGCAGCUGUUAACUUCGGUCAGUACCCUUAUGGAGGCUUUGCCCCAAAUCGUCCUGGUAUGAGCCGAAGACUAAUUCCUGACCCUGGAACAAUUGAGUUUGAAGAGCUAAAGAUGAACCCCAUAAAAGGAUAUCUGAAGACAAUUACACCCCAGUUCCAGACUCUGAUUGGAAUAUCUGCUCUCGAGGUUUUGUCAACACAUACUUCAGAUGAAAUUUAUCUUGGCCAGAGAGACGCCGCUGAUUGGACCAAAGACAAAGAAGCACUGAAAGCAUUUGAAAAGUUUGGAAAGAAUCUGACUCAAAUUGAGGAAAACAUUUCAAUGAUGAACAAUGAUAUGGAGCUGAAGAACAGGACUGGGCCUGUGAAGAUGCCAUACACAUUGCUUUAUCCUACUAGUGAACCAGGACUUACUGCCAAGGGAAUUCCCAAUAGUAUUUCUAUCUGAUGUUACUUCCUGUAAUAUUCUAGUGUUAUCAACACUAGGUUUUAAAAUUUAAGUAUGAUAGGCCUGCUAGCUAAGUCGGGUCUGUCAAACUAUUGCUUAGCUUUAAUAUUAAACCAGCUUCAGCUCUGGUAAUUUAAUUAUAAUAUGAGAUAUAAUCUCUUAUAUUGUGAAUUUAUCCGUUACCUUUAUCUAUCUAUGAACUUAAAUGCAGCACCAACUAACUUUAGUUCCUCUCGCGUACCAUGGUUGAGGUUUAUCACAUCCAUCUUAACAAAUAAUAGUGAAAAGAAGAAAACUCUACUAUAGUUAUACAAUACAAAGUCAACUAAUGUGAAGUAAAUAAUCUAGUGAAUGGAAUGAUUUAUCCUUGUGAAACCUAGCUCAUUUUUCUGUUCGAUUGUUUAUUCAUCUCUUGAUAUUGUUACUUUUGAUUGUACUCAUAAUGCACUAGUUUAAAAAGUCAAAAUCAUGCUUUAGAUGUUUGUAUAGUUUACUUAUGCUGGAAAAAGUUUACUGAAAAAGAAAAGCUUUGUGUCUAUUAGGUGAAAGUUACAGCCCACUAAUGUUGAAAAUUCAGCUAUAAAAAGUUUUGAAAUGUUAUGUCCUGCUCCACUUCUAAUAUUUUACAGUAUAAUCCAUCCAUUACUUUCUUCCACCUGGUCUAAAGUAAAGUCGUUCUAGUGAGAUUUUGUUCCUUUUCAAACUUCUGCCUUAGAGUUUAGCUUACGGAUUUGAUCUCUGUCAUCUUCUAUGUAUAGUUCAAGCUGUUUCGUAGCUUUAAUAAGAAACCAGUUUCGGCUUUGGUAAUAUAAUUAUACUUAUAUAUGAUCUACUUGUGAUUUUAUUCGCUUCCUUCAUUUGCUUAUUAACUCUAAUGCAGCACCAGCUUCAACAUUAAUUCUUCUCUGGUACCAUUGUUGAGGUUUACCACAUCCUUAAUAAAUAAUAAUGAAAAAAAACAUAAUUUAUUAUUUCAAAUAUGAAGUAACUCAUGCAAUAUAAAUCAUCCAGUCUUCUUAUUUGGCUCAUUAGUGAAUAGAAUGAUUUAUCCUCGGCUAACUUAACUCGAUCAACUUGUUGUUGAACUUCAAGGAAAUUCCACUUGUUCUACAAAAGGAUGAUCAUGAGAGAUACCCCUACAAGUAGCUAAAUAGCUCUGUCAACUUUUAGUUAUAAUUGGGUCGCAUGCUGCUUUGUGUUUCGUAGAGUUAGAUCUAAUUACUUUUCGAUUCAAUUCUCAAACUUCAAUUUGUAAUUGAUGUAUGUGUCCCCAGUUUGUGUAAGUAUAAUUAAAGAAUUUUCAUUACUACAAGUUAGAUGUUUGUGUGAGUUUGUAGCAUUGCUUUUUUGUUUGUCGGUGGCUUUGAUAUUUAACUCAGAUAAUUGGGGUAUUAACUACUUAUUAUUGGUUCAUGUUGGUGAUUGAUUAGUGUUGUAACUUACACUUUCACACACUACUAGAAAAAAUUGAAUUACAUGGGAAUUUUACCUGGGAAUCUUUUCCGCAUGUAAUUCCUGCGGAUUUUCAUGCGAAAAUCUAAAAAUUCCUAAUUUCUAGAAUAUUUACCUGCGGAUACGAUUUCCCCAGGUAAAUCUACGGGUAAAUUUAGCGCCAAAUUAUUACCAGGGGAUUUUUAUGGAAAAAUAAUCCCCAAGUAUCAUUUUUGUCGGUAAUUCCAUAGGUAAACAACCAAAAAUAAUAAAAAAAAUAUUUUCUUUGUGAACUCGUAGGAAAAUCCCCAGGUAUUGGUACUUGUAGAUUUACAUGGGGAUUUUUUUUUUUUUUUUUUGGGAAUUUACCUGGGGAUUUUAUCAUAUAGGGAAUUACUUGAGGAUUAUGUUCCUGCGAAUUUAGCUUGUGAUUGUUUCUAGGGGAUUUACCAAGGAGUUUUAUUACCUAGGGAAUUACUUAGGAAUUUUAUUGCUGCGAAUUUAGCUUGUGAUUGUUUCUAGGGGAUUUACCAAGGAAUUUUAUUGCUUAGGAAUUUUAUUGCUGCGAAUUUAGAUGAGAAUUAUAACUUGGAGAUGUGCCUGGGGAUUUUAUUACCUAAGAAAUUACUUGGGAAUUUCAUUAAUGUGAAUUAGCUGGGGAUUAUUUCUUGGAGAUUUACCUGGGAGUUUUAUUACCAUAGAAAUUACUUGGGGAUUUAUUGCUGUGAAUUUAGCUGGAAAUUAUUCAUUAGAGAUUUAAGAAAUUAUGUAUUUUUAGACGUUACAAAAAUUAGUGAUUGUAUACAAAUUAAAUAAUUUACCCGCGGAUACGAUUUUGGAUUUCCAAGUGGAUUUUCAAGUGGUCCUUUUGUUUGAAGAUAUCAUUUGCUCAAAUAGAACAUUAAAGUAUAUAUCAAGGAUUACCAAUUCAAAAAAUACAUAAGCUUAUUCACUUUUAUGUUAGAAUGAACAAAAUAGUAAUUAAAGGAGAGCGGCUAUGCAUGCCCCCUUUCGAAAACCAUUUCAGCCAUUCCGUGUUACAUCUUCCAUUAAGAGAUCAGAAUUUAUGACUUUCCUUAUGCUUCCUGCAGAUUCUGUCAUCUUCUAUUGAUCAACCAUAAGACACUGAAGUUUUAUUACCAUAGAGAUUACUUGGGGAUUUGAUUGCUGUAAAUAAAUUUCUUGAGGAUUUUAUUGUUGUGAAUAAACUCUCACGUAAUUAAUUUCUUGGGAUUUUAAGUGAAUUUUCAAGUGGUCCUUUUGUUUGAAGUGGAUUUUGGAUUUUCAAGUGGACCUCUUGUUUGGAUUUUCAAGUGGUCCUUUUAUUUGGAUUUUCAAGUGGUACUUUUAUUUGAAGAUAUCAUUUGCUCAAAUAGAACAUUAAAAAUAUAUAUCAAGGAUUACCAAUUCAAAAAGUACAUAAGCUUAUCCACUUUUCUGUUAGAAUGAACAAAAUAGUAAUUAACGCAUGCCUCCUUUUAGAGAUUUAAGAAAUCAUAUAUUUUUAGAAGUUACAAAAAUUCGUGAUUGUAUACAAAUUAAAUAAUUUACCUGCGGAUACGAUUUUGAAUUUUCAAGUGGAUUUUCAUGUGGUCCUUUUGUUUGGAUUUUCCAGUGGUCAUUUUGUUUGAAGAUAUCAUUUGCUCAAAUAGAACAUUAAAGUAUAUAUCAAGGAUUACCAAUUCAAAAAGUAUAUAAGCUUAUCCACUUUUAUGUUAGAAUGAACAAAAUUAAAGGGGGCGGAUACGCAUGCCCCCUUUUGAAAACUAUUUCAGCCAUUCCGUGUUACAUUUUCCAUUAAGAAAUUAGAAUUUAUGACUUUCCUUAUGCUUCCUACAGAUCCCGUCAUCUUCUAUUGAUCAACCCUAAGGCACUGAGGUUUUAUCACCAUAGAAAUUACUUGGCAAUUUUAUUGUUGUUAAUAACUCCCAGGUAAAUUUCUUGGAGAUUUACCUGGGAGUUUUAUUACCAUAGAAAUUACUUGGGGAUUUUACUGCUGUGAAUUUAGUUGGAAAUUAUUCAUUAAAAAUUUAAGAAAUUAUAUAUUUUUAGAAGUUAUAAAAAUUAGUAAUUGUAUACAAAUUAAAUAAUUUACCUUGCGGAUACGAUUUUGGAUUUUCAAUUGGUCCUUUUGUUUGGAUUUUCAAGUGAUCCUUUGUUUGGAUUUUCUAGUGGUCCUUUUGGAUUUUCAAGUGGUAUUUUUGUUUGGAUUUUCAAGUGGCCCUUUUGUUUGAAGAUAUCAUUCAAAUAGAACAUUAAAGUAUAUAUCAAGGAUUACCAAUUAAAAAAAUACAUAAGCUUAUCCACUUUUAUGUUAGAAUGAACAAAAUAGUAAUUAAAGGGGAGCGACUACGCAUGCCCCUUUUGAAAAUCAUUUCAGUCAUUCCGUGUUACAUCUUCCAUUAAGAGAUCAGAAUUUAUGACUUUCCUUAUGCUUCUUGCAGAUCCCUUCAUCUUCUGUUGAUCAACCAUAAGGCACUGAAGUUUUAUUACCAUAGAGAUUACUUCGGAAUUUUAUUGCUGUGAAUAAAUUUCUUGGAUAUUUUAUUGCUGUGAAUAAACUUCCAAGUAAAUUUCUUGGGAGUUUAAGUGGAUUUUCCAGUGGUCCUUUUGUUUGGAUUUUCAAGUGGUCCUUUUGGAUUUUCAAGUGGUUCUUUUGUUUGAAGAUAUCAUUCAAAUAGAACAUUAAAGUAUAUAUCAAGGAUUACCAAUUCUAAAAGUGCAUAAGCUUAUCCACUUUUAUGUUAGAAUGAACAAAAUAGUAAUUAUUAAAGUCUUUCUAAUUUUUAUAAGAAAUGAACUGAUGUAAGGGGGGCAGCUACCCAUGCCCCCAUUUAGAGAUUUAAGAAAAUAUAUAUUUUUAGAAAUUACGAAAAUUAGUGAUAAUAUACAAAUUAAAUAAUUUACCUGCGGAUACGAUUUUGAAUUUUCUGUAACGACCCGUUUGGCCGUUUUGAGCUUUUGACUUCUUUUCCCUAAUAUAACCUUUCUGUACUUUUAAAAGGUAUUCUUGACUUGCAAAAAUCGGUUGCACGAUGAUUUAAUUGGCGGGAAAAUUUUGAAAUAUAUUUAUUUAAUGUGUGUGAAUAGUUUAUUCAUAGGAGUAUGAGUUUCACCCAUAUAAGGUACAAGUUAGUAAAUAGAGUAUUUGAUGGAAUGACUAUAUUUUAAAGUAUAAGUUGAUGAAUAAUGUAAUUGACUAAGUGGGUCAAU